AUGAGCGUGAAUAGGCUGAUUUCCGUUAGUUUUCCUACCAGAUAUCCAAAGGUUUUCACGCCAACAACUGCCGCAGUCAUAGCUGUCCUAGCCUGCAUAUUCGCAUUCUCUACCAAUUCCGCAUUACUAGUAGACGAAUGCAACCUAAACUUCAGAAGGGACAUAGGAGGAUUCUCUUUUCGAGACACUGAUUGUGGUCGGUUAUUUUCAACGUACAUUGAUGCGAUAUACAGUAUUGCUUUGGUGUUAAUAGCAGUACCUCUCGACAUCACAUCGCUAUUUAUACUAAGGAGGAUUUCAAAGAUGUUGGUCAAACUGCAUUCAACGGUUAUUCUUGAGAUUUCAGACGUUCAUGAAUUCACUGCUAUUCGCUGUAAUGUUGGCUUGUUUCCAUUUUACUUCAUUAUUCCAAGAUCAAGUUAUCCAAUUCUUCUUAACUAUCGUUACCUGGGAGAUAUGGUUGAUGUCACCGCAAAUCGUUGGGAUUAUAGUGCAGAAGGACUGCCGGAAUGCAUACCUGAGAUUGAUGAGAAAAAGAAAGAAGAAGCAAGUGGAUGUAUUUUUCACGACAUUCGCAGCCAAUCGGUCUACUAUGCUGAUCAAGGGAAAUAA